UGUGGUUUAAGGGCCGUGUUGGAAGCUAUGACUCAUGGAAUCAGUAAAUGGAGGAGGAUAGAUGAUGGAACCAGACUCCACGUCUGCCAGCAAACACUAUUUGUGCACCAUGGUAUCAAAGUAUCCAAUAUGUUUCCUGUUCUAUAGGUACUGUAUAGCCAAUACUGUAUUUAGCUUUGUGAAAUUUUAGCAAUUUUUAUUAUUAUAGAUUCUUCAUAAUUUUUUUAUAAACACUUUGACAUAACCGUCUUUACAUCUUGAUAGGUAGCACUCAGAUAUUCAAAAGCACUCUUUAAAAAAAUGUUUCUGUGGCUGUGAGGGCAGCAGAACAUUUCAACACAACCCAGCUGUAUUAACCAGUUAGUAAGACAAUGGAUUAUGAUAUAAAUCCAAGUUUACAACUGAUUUUAUUAUCAAUAUAUCUUACGGAAGUGAUGGCUGAUGUUUAAUCAAAUGUUCUGGAUUCACUGUUUCCAACAGUGGCUUUCUCCCGGAACAUUUCCCACCUAGACAACAAUUUAACAUUAUAAAAAACAUACAUAGUUAGCUUAACCAAAAACAAGACUUAGCGUUCUGUUGGGGUUGGUGUCAUUUGCUUGAAUGAAAUUUCCCAAAAAAUCGUGUGGUUGCAGACUUUGAUCAUGUCGAGCUGAUCGAGCUGGGAGACCAUCUAUACCAGCUAGUAAGUGCUGGUAGAAAGAGAACAGUCUCUAAAUGAUUACUUUUAACACUAACUCAUUAGCAUUGGUUAAGGAACAAACACAAUUAGGAGUUCUCAAACAAGAAGGAAAAUGACUUAAUAACUUAAAGGAUGGUCUACCAGUUUGACGAGUUCGGCCUGUGUUUUGGCAGGGCACACCCAGCUGGAUUUUCACCAGGGAUUGCUGAGCUUCUUGAAAUUUAAUCAGGUGAAUAACAUCUAACACGGAACAUAAUCUUGGACUCACACUGUAACUUUUCGGAUUGUGAUGUUACAUUAUAAUGCUAUUGCACCGUGCAUGUGCAUGUUUUUGAUGGUACAGGCUUUGAGAGGUUUGGAUGGAGGGCACGGGGCUGGUGUCUGGGUGUAAGUUAGCCAAGAUCAUCAACGCCACUUAUCGGAGCUGUAAGCUACUAUUUUACUCAUGGCUUUUUCAGCUGUGAAUUCUUACACUGACUAUCGCAAUAUUUCUAUUAGAAAUUACAUUAAGAUACACAUUUUCCACAUAAAUGUGAAUGGAAAAAGUUACCAUCUGGAUUGCUAAUAUCCUAAUAUCAUUAAGGUGUGUUUUGGCAAAAUUCAGACAAGGCUUAAUGUUCUUCUGGGUUAGCAGUGGUUUUCACCUCACCACUCUUCCAUAGAUGCCAUUUUUGCCCAGUGUCUUUCUGAUAGUGGAGUCAUGAACAGUGACCUUUACUGAGGCAAGAGAGGCCUGUAGGUUCUGUGAUGUUAUCCUUGGCUCUUUUGUGACUUCCUGGAUGAGUUGUUGCUGUGCUCUUGGAGGAAUUUUGGAAGUCGGCCACUUCUUGGAGGUUCACCACUGUACUGUGCUCCAAAGUUUUUUCCAUUUGGAGCUCUCACUGUGGUUCUUUGGAGUCCCAGAGACUUUGAAAUAACUUUGUAACCCUUCACAGACUGAUGUAUUUCAAUCACCUUCUUCCUCAUCAUUUCUGGAAUUUCUUUCAACUUUGGCAUAGUGUGUUACUGGGUAAGACAUUUUAACCAGCUUCAUUCUGUUGAAAAAGUUCUGUUUAAGUGUUGAUUUGAUUGAACAGGGUUUGCAGUAAUCAGGCCUGGUUGCGUCUAGUUCAGCUGAACACCAUUAUGAAUGCAGUCUCAUAGAUUUGGGGAAUUAGUAACUAUGGGGGCAAAUACAUUUUCACACAGGCCCAGUUGGUAUUGGAUAACUUUUUUUCCUUCAAUAAAUAACACUGUCAUUUAAAAACUGUAUUUUGUGUUUACCCAGGUUGCCUUUGUUUUAUCUUAGAUUUUGUUUUUAAUUUCUGAAACAAUUUAGUAUGAGAUAUACACAAAACCAGAAGAAAUCAAAUACACGGUGUGUGUGAGUAUAUGUAUGUAUUUAUUUAUUUAUUUAUUUAUUUAUUUAUUUAUUUAUUAGGAAAAACACCAGCAAUAAGUUAUAUUUUGAGUUACAGGGACUUUUUUUUUUUUUUUUUUUUUUUUUUUUUUGCAAACACUAUUUUUAAAGUAGUGCAGUUUCUUUCUACAAAAUACAGGUUUUAAAAGUACUAUUAAUAUUUUAUGAUGCCUGCCUUGAAGAGGUUUUUUUCCCCAAGAAUGACAAUUUGUUUGCAUUCAUAUAAAAUGCUAUAUAAGAGUGCUAAUGACUUUGGCACAUUUAUUUUCGAGAUAAAAUACUAUUAAUUGAAAAUUUUUGUAUAAACACAAUUUUGUUGGUAUGUAAAUGGUGCACUUAUAUAGCGCUUUAAAGUGUGUCUCAUUCACCCAUAACACUGGUAGCAGAGCUCCCAAGAACAAGGACACUUCGGCAUGUGGAAUCAUGCUGGCUGGGAAUCGAACCCCAAACCCUACUAUUAGUGGACUACCAACUGGGUCACAGCCACCCCAGUAUGUCAAUAAAUUAAAUAUAGCACCAUAUCACUGUCUUCUGUCUUUCUCAUUUGGUCAUUUGUAUGGAUGAAUGUGUUCUUUGCUCAGCUCACUCAAGGAUGGAUCACUAAGAUCAGGUCAUGAAUAAGCCUUAAUAAGUCCCAAAAGGACCUACAUGGACAUCAUCAGCCCACAAAAGUUGUUCUUCAAGCAUCUGAUGCCACUCAAUAGUGGGAGGGGGAAAGGUGAUUGCUUGACACACACUUCCUCCUCCCAGUGCACAGUGGAGGUGUAUUUCUACAGCAACCCACAGCAUCCUGUUUGUAUCCUGCAAGGAGAACACCACACUCACCAGUGAGAGACAUCAGGAGGAAUCUGCGAUGUCUUUCGCUCGUGGAACUUUGAUUUGUCUUCUUUUAGCUCAUUGGGCUACAGUAAUAUCACAGGGCAUGCUACCACCAGGCUUUCCUCCGCUGCCUCAAGACUUUAAGGAAAUGGCCAAGAAGAUGAUGACCAUAUGCUCCAUGAAAGGUUAUUCUCCACCUAUCCUAAAGGACUCCAUGUUGAACAGCUCUUUCUUCAAACCAGAUGAGAUGACAAUGGGAAACCCCAUCUCUAUUUUUGCUUCCCUUCUUUCUUCACUCCCUCCUCUCUCUUCACCCAUUGCGAAGCCCAAUGAAACAGACCUGGCCUUGAACAUCACAGAGAAAAUGUGCAACAGUUCGAACCUGCCACAAAUGAUCGACCACAUGUGGAACACUACGGAGAAGACACACUGUUUCAUGCGAGCAUUCUUGGCUCCUCUCUCCUGGGUGGCCAUCGUACAGAAUGCUACACAAUUUGACCCACAGCAGCUCAGAAAGAUGCUUUGGGUGGCUAAACCUUUCCUAGAAAUGUCAAAUUCUUCUCUAAUGCUGCCUCGAACACUGCAGGACUCUCAGCUCCCCUUAAUGAUGCUGACAUUCAAUGAGGUCUUCGUCUCCCUUUCAGAAGGGCAAAGGAAUGAUAUCAGGCAAUGGAUGAAAGAGAGAGUCACAGAACAUGAUCACAGUUGUGCACCAAAUAAUAGCCUUACCGGUGUUCCCAGUCCGCCAAUGCCAGUACAACCUUCCAUGCUUAAUUCUUCAAUUUCUGGCUGUCAAACCAAAAUGCCUUGGCUGAAGGCUGACGUGCUGAGGAUGAUGGGACGUUUCAUUUCGAAACUUCCUGAAGCAGAUCUGAGGGGCAUACUUCCAGAAGAGUUGUGUAAGUUCUUCCAGUCUCCAGAAUUCCCAUUUUCAUUCAGUAAUGUCAGCGGGAUGCAGACUGCGAAUGCUCAGACACUAAUGCAACGACUCAAGCGAGAGUGUUUCAAUGCCACACAGAACUUCCCCAACCAAAUGGACAGGCUUGGAUAUCUCGUCUGUUUCUAUGAUGAUCCCCAGUCGCUGAAUGCUACACUAAUUAAAAAGCUGCUCCACCAGCUGGUGGGUUGUGAACCCAGUGGGAUCGACGAGAUGAGGAAACAGUUGGUGAGGAAGCUGAUGUCAGAUGGCGAGCCUCCCACUUCUGAGAUGCUGCAUUCUCUGGGCUCCGGGAUGUUGCUUCUCUCUCCUUCCAUACUGUCCAGUUUCAGCAGAGACUCUCUGAAUAACACGAUGUUCAGCCUGAGCCAAAUAGAAUGGAAGCCAGCUCAGGCCAAAAUCUUGGUCCAGAAAUUAUUGGAGAAGGCUACGGACAUCAGUGGGGAGAAAUUGUUGUCCCUGGGUUCAAUGGUGAGAGGUGUAGCCAGUGACCUGCUCAAGAAUGUCAAGUCACAAGGCCUGCUGGGAAGCGAGGGCCUGAAAAAUAUAAGUGAGAGGUUGUCUUCGUUACAGAAAAAGGCUCUUCUUGUGGGGAUGCAUGCUGAUGUGAAUGCAAGUUAUUUGGUGAAGGAAAUCCCAGAUGCUCUUAUCGCCUCUCUCUCUCUGUCCUUCCUCGACAAAGCAAACCUUAAUUCUCUCGAUCAGCUGGAGGGCCGCAGCUGGUCCAGAACACAGUCUGUUUACCUUUUGAAGAAGAUUGUAGGUAAUGGGCUCAAACCUGAACAGAUAAGAAAGCUGGGCCAGGCCGUUCAGGGCGUGACCUGCAACAUGAUUGAUGGCAUUGCUCAGAGUGAUAGCUUGGAAGCAACUCAAACCCUUGCCAGUUCUUUUAGCUUGCUCUCUAAGACACAGGUACGCUGCAUGGCUAGUAAACUGUUCCAGAGUCUGGAGAAGCAAAGGCCUGGAUAUUUCAUAAACAUCAGCAAAUCAGAGCUCCAGGCCAUUCCAGCUCUGCUGCUUAUCCACCUACCGGUACAGGUGAUUCAGGGUCUCCCAGCCUCCGUGUGUCCUUAUUUCUUGGAGAAGAUGAGUCAAGCCAACCUCUCAUCUGUACCAAACAGUGCACCAUCACGCCGGGAACUUAGAAACAAAGCCCUCAGCUGCCUGGGGAAGAACGCAUCUGCAGUGUCUGCAGCGGAUAUCUCAUCUUUGGGUCCACUUGUGUGUGAAUUGGAGCCAACCUGGAUCUCCUCUCUGAAACCUGACGCUCUAAACUUCACUUUGCAGGCCCUGGCGUCCUGCAAACACAUUCCCCAGCCUUCCAGAGGACCUCUGUUCACUCUUCUCACAAAUUUCUACGGGGCCCCAUCUAAUUGGUCAGAGGAUGUCACAAAGUCCCUGGGACCCCUCGUCUUACUGAAUGACGCUGCCCUUGAGGCAUUAUCUUUUAAGAGCUGGCUGAAGAAAUCUUUGUCAGAUCUGCAACACAGCAUGGAGGCUGAGGUUGCAGGUCUGGCCCCAGAGGAGUUCCGUGCCUGGCCCGAUUUCUCAGCCCUCCAGCGCAAACUCUUUCAGCUGAAAACUAAAAUCACCCAGCAGCGGCGCAGGAGAGACACACUAGUACCUACUCUGCAAAUGAUCGAGGAUCUGAGGGAGGGAAAUGUGCUCUGGAGUCCUGCUCAACUGUCCAGCAUGACAGCCCAAACGUAUAGAGACGGCGCGUCUAUCCUGGGAGAGAUACGCAGCUAUACUACAGAACAACUGAUAGCGCUGAGAGACAAAGCUAUAGAGGCAUGGGGAGAUAUAUCGAUGCUUAACGAAUCUAAGAUCGUGGAGAUGGGUUGUGUGUCUCAGAGUUUUAAUGCUAAACAACUCCAAAACCUUAGCAUCACCUCACUGGAUACUCUGGAGCUUCUGUCCGUCUGCCAGUGGAACCAAACACAGAAGGAAGCGGUCUUGCGGGGUUUUGUAACGAGAACUGGAAUGAAAAUGGCUAAACUCGGUGCACUUGAGAUGGCAGGCCUGGGCCAGUUUAUUUGCGGACUGCAGCCCAACGAAACCGAGCAGCUCAACGCUACAGAAUUCAAGGACGCUGUGGGAGACGUAGGCCGUGCUUCCUGUCCUUUGAGUGUCCUGGAGUGUUUGAAGAAAAAAGCUGUUGCUGCAUUCGGCGACCCAAAAGGCUGGGGCGAAGCUGACGUUAGCGUCAUGGGCAACAUAAUGGCUGGUCUGACUGCCACUGAGCUGGGAUACCUAAGCGCUUCAGUUCUGCCCUUCAUCCGUCAGUCCGCCAUCUCUCUCAUUCCUCCUGAACGUCUGGCGGCGCUUUCAGUGAGCCAGCUAAAGGCUUUGGGUCCUGACAACGCAGCAGCGAUAACAACGUCUCAGCGUGCCGCACUGGGAGUAGAGCAGAGAGCAGCCGUAGAUGAAGCAGUGGGACUGGCGGCACAAAAGUCUGAAAUCACAACCACGCUGCCACAGAAAGGAGGGGCACCAAAACAAAGCAUGUUGGGAACUGCAAUCCUUCUGCAGCCCCUUGCAUUGCUGUUGUUGGGAUAUAUUCGCUAAGAAGCACACCACUGAAAAGCUAGCUGGGAAUAUUUAUCUCUCAAUCUCCCAGAUUGAACAGCUAAUGCAUAUACGUGCCUUUGGCUUAUUAGCUUAGGUGACCAUGUAAAGAAAAUGUUAUUUAGCUGUCAUAUAAUCACUAUAGAAGCAAUGAAUCCACCUGAGGCGGGGGGUGGGGAGGGGGCACUGGCUAUAUUCCAUCAACAUGGACCUUUACAGUUAGUUCUUAUAUAAUCAUUUAAUGCUCAGUCUGGAGGAGUUCUCCAUAGUGAUUACAUGGCAGUUUGAUGAAGAUUGGGCCCAGAUUUCAGCCCAGAUUUCUAGUUAAUGGGUAUACAUUUAUUUUUUAUUUACUGUCUUCAGUUAGCAGUUUCUUAGUAAAGACUGCUGCUUAAAAAUAAAAAGUUAAUAUGAUUAGUAAAGAGAACAGGGUAGAAUUUCAGGGACUAUAACCAUUUCUCAGGUACAUUUCAGUGAGCAUGUCACUCACAUGGAACCUGCUUUAAGAGACUUGCUACUGCUACUUUAUAUACAUAUAAAUAUAUUUAAUAGUCCUCUCUCUCUAAUAAAACUAUCAGAUGGAAGAUUAUAAUAGUAUAUUUUUGGUAACAGAUUUAUUUUGAGCCUUUUUGAGUUCUGUGUUCAUAAAAACAUUGAUUAAAAGAGACUUCACUUAUACUUGAAUUAAAUUUUGUUCAAUUUGACCAAUGAAAAUGUUCUCAUCUCUUAUUAACCUGGAUAUCGAUCAUCCAUACUAGAGCCUGAGCUUAAAUAAAAUAGAAAUACAAUACAAAAG